AUGAGAGAUGUGCCCUCCGCCACGAAUCUCCGUGGAUUCCUCUACUAUCAUCUUCCUCCGGGUGCCCCCCCUCUUGCCGCCGAGAUUCGUUUUCGCGUCACAGGCUCUCCAGACCCGGCCUUCUUCUCAUCGUCUCCGGAUCUGAUGACCCAGCAUGGUUUACCGUGGCGCAUCCCUCUGCUCAACCUCGUGCGUCAUCGCCGCCGCUUACAUCCCGAUCCCCUAUGGCUCGUCCUCGUCGAAGACGGCUUAGUCUCCGAGGAUCAGCUCCUUUCGGAUUCCCAGGUGGACGUACCAAAGGAAUCAAGCCCAUCAAUGAACACGCGGCUCAUUUACGGCUUUGGACAGCCGUUCCUGCUCGACUUCUCCGCAUGCGAACCCCAAUUUCGGCUGAUGGCGGCGACCUUACAUAAGGAUAUACUCGAUGUUUUCCAACGCUGCGGACUCACAGAGGGUACUGCCUUGUGCUGCUUCGAGAAGUCACCGCUCCCCGCGGAGAAAGGCGGACCUACUGUUGUCCUCCGCGUCCUCCGCAUCCUGGAUCCGUUCGCUUUCUUCCCAGACCCCGAAGGCCUAUGGCCUUCCGACCGGGUCCCUCUCGCUGUGCUCGAACCCCGCGAGGGCGAGUUGUUGCGGAUGCACCGGCUUCGGAAAGACGUGGUCUGGACUCCGCCGAAGCGCCUGGAGAAGUUCGGCAUACUCUACGACAACGAGGCGCGCGCGAAUGCGGCGUAA